GGGACCCCGCCCCCGCCCCCGCCGCCGGGUGGAGAGCCACCGGGCGGGAGCGGGCAGGGGGCGGGGCCGGGGGCGCCGGGGCCACACAAGGGGAAGGCACCACCGCCUCCGGGAGGGGUCCGGGAAGGAGAGGUCACCCCCGAGGAGGGAGGGCCAGCGAGCGGCCACCGCCGCACAGUUCCCUGGCCCUGCCCCUCGAAGCAAAUCCUAGGUUUGCAUGGCCUUGCCAGAGUCCCCUCAUUUCUACCCUCCUGCAUUCUUUUCCAGCAGCUCCAUACUGAGCUCCAGGAGUCCUCCCUACAGAUCUCCAAUCCCAGAGGACCUCCUGUGUCCUGUUCAGGGCCCAGGAUUGGGAAGGGGCUGCCAGUAGAGGAAGGGGAGACAGGCGGUGGGGGCAUGGCAGGGGAAGUCUGAGCCUUAGAGAGAGGCUGAGGGUGAGAGCAGGGGACACCUCUCCCUGGGACUCUGAUCCAGGGACAUCUCUGGGCUUUCAAUGCCCCUCCGAUGGGACACAGGUUCAUAUUCUAACAGACCAGAUACACUGGCUGCCCUGGAGCCACACAUUCAGCCAGAGGAGGAAACUGGCAAGAGAUGGCAGCAACUGUCACUGGGCAGCCCAGAAAUGUCUACUAACUGGAGCAAUAUCUCCUCCCCUCCACCACAGACGUGCACUCCUGUCCCAUUCACACUGGUGUACACUACCCCUACACUACCAGCUACUGAUUCCUGACACUUCACAUUCCUGCCCACAAUCCCACCUGCUGGUUCACACCCUGGCUCCUGCUGCUCUCUGGCCCCUCCCAAACCCUCCUGCACCCUCUUGAUAACAACACCCUUUCCAGCUCACCCACACACUUGCCCUGGACUAUUUGCUUCACUUCUUCCCCCUCUGGUUUCAGCUGGCUUCUCAGCCCCCCCCCCCCACACACACACACACACACACUUCACUCUGACUCUCCCUGAGCACACCCAGGGCCCUCUUGCGGCAGUCAGGUAGCCUCUCCCUCCAACCAAAGCCCAGUUCCUGUCUUGGUGCCUUACUUCAAAAGGCAGCAGCCUGCCCGCCCUGUUUCUUUCCCUGGACCUUGGCUUUUUCUGUCAUUUGGACUGGAAGAGAAGGACACGAGGGGAUGUUGGAGAGGACAGCAGAGAUGGAGCCCCAUGUUCCAGCUGGGAGGACCUUUAGCAUGCACAGUGCCACAUCCUUGUGCAAGCCUAUGGUCACCAGAUGGUUCAUGGCAAAGCUAGGUCUCCUGAGUUCCAGACCCCUGUGUCCUCACUCACCCUGCCACUUCUCAGCGGCCCAGGAGAAAGGGAACCAGGAAGAGGGCAGCCAGCUCAGAAGAUGGAGAAAGCUAGGUUUCUGUGGGCUUUGCCCUGUGCAGGCAGGUCAGGAGGCAGCCUCCAGGGCAGUUUCCUAGUCCUGUGCAUGGAUCUCACGCCACUGUGUACACACUACCUCCUAGGCUACUCUACCCCUUCCCCCGCCCCCAUUUCCCAAAACAGACCCCCCCCCAAGAUCACUCAGUUUUGUUUCUGGUCUGGCAUGAGGACAGGGCCUUUCCUCAUGUAGAGUUCUGGAACUCUCCAAAGCCUCCCGACAUCAACGUUUAGAGCUUACAGCUCUUAUUCACCAAUUCCAGGUGCAGUCUCCACCCAACCACCCUGGACAUCCCUGCCACUAAGUACUGUUAGCCUGGGGCAUAAGCCAGGGAGCGAGGGACAGCUGGCUGAAUACAAGUACACUGUGGUGUGCCUGUGCAGUGUGUCGGGAUGGCCCUGCGCUUGCGUGGGCUGACAGUGUGUGUGUUCAUGAGGGGGGCCUCGUUCCCAGGGCCCAGGGAUCUGGAUGGAAUUAGGGGCUGGCCCCGGAGGGGGCCAGGAUGGGGGGGCUGCAGCAGGAAACGUGAGCUGCACUCAUUAGCUCCUCACGUGCUCAGCCGGAUUUAUAAACACAAGGAGAAGACGGGAUGUAAACAAUCAGUGGGCAGCAGCCAGAGGCAGAGCAGAGGCCGGCAGUGGGGGUAGGACUGGGGGAGGGGGCCAAGAUAUGGCCCCAUGGUGGGGUUCACCUGUACACUCUGAGCCAGAGAGGAGGGUAGGUGGGGGCUCCAGAGACUCAUUGGAUACUGCCACCCAGGAACACAGGGGAGCCGGAGCUGCUCUGGGCUCCAGUAUUCACAAUGAACUCAGGUAUUCUCUGCGUCAGGCAAUUUUCUGCUUUGCUGCCUGAGAUAUGGGCACAUCUUGCCCAGUGUGCAAGGUGUCACAGUAGGAGGCAGAACCCUGAACUUCACCUGCCUUUCUCCUCUCCAGGCCUCCUGAUUCCUGAGACUCCUUCCUUCUUUUCUACUUCUCUCUGGCCUGGUCAGUCAGCUCCUUCUGUUCUCCCCUGUCCCCCCAGCCCCCAGCCUGCAGUGACAGAGUUACCUCAGAACUGAAAUAUUCCUGGAAACACCGGCCCUGUCUGUUUAAUUUCAUGAGCCGUUUUUCUGCCCAGAUGACUUAGCUCUUGUUUAUCCAAAGGCUUCUCCCCCUGCUGUCCUUGUAUAGGGAGCUGGUCCCCACAGGGAUGUCCCUCAAGGCCCAAGAAGGGAGGAAGAAACAGGCCCAGGGCUUCUCACCACUUCUCUGCCACCGGGGCAGCCCAGUCCCAGAACUCUGGCCGUUGAGGCAAUUCCUACGUCAGUGGAACUUUGGCAUUGCCAAUAACUUCAAGCAAGGCCAGAUUCGUCAUCCUGAAAGCUACCUCAAGACGGAAGGGCCACUGUCCCUCUCAGCAGGUCUUCAAUCUCCAAAAUCUCCAGAACUAACUCAUAGGGUUCUGGAAGGGACUCAGCCAGAGAUCUGGGCUGAGGACUGCCCAGGGCUUUGUGCAGAGAAGGGCCUGGAGUCUUCUUGAGAUAUGAAGAUGAAAGACUAGGAAGGAAUCAGGCCAGACAAGAGCUAAAUGGGAAGAAGGACUGGGGAAGGUGCAUUCAAGCUACAGGGGACUCGUGGGGGAUGUUAGCUUGCCUGUGCACGGUGCUCUGGCACCUCCCUGCAGUGCCAGCUCUCAAUCGCACAGGAGACCCAGGGCCCGGCCCCUCCAUCCAGAAAACUUAUGACCUCACCCGCUAUCUGGAGCACCAACUCCGCACCUUGGCUGGGACCUACCUGAACUACCUGGGGCCCCCCUUCAACGAGCCUGACUUCAACCCACCUCGGCUGGGGGCAGAGACUCUGCCCAGGGCCACUGUCAACUUGGAAGUGUGGCGAAGCCUCAAUGACAAAUUGCGGUUGACCCAGAACUACGAGGCCUACAGCCACCUCCUGUGUUACUUGCGUGGCCUCAACCGUCAGGCUGCCACAGCAGAGCUGCGCCGCAGCCUGGCCCACUUCUGUACCAGCCUCCAGGGCCUGCUGGGCAGCAUCGCAGGCGUCAUGGCCUCUCUGGGCUACCCACUGCCCCAGCCUCUGCCGGGGACUGAGCCCACCUGGGCCCCUGGCCCUGCCCACAGCGACUUCCUCCAGAAGAUGGACGACUUCUGGCUGCUGAAGGAGCUGCAGACCUGGCUGUGGCGCUCAGCCAAGGACUUCAACCGGCUUAAGAAGAAGAUGCAGCCUCCAGCAGCUGCAGUCACCCUGCACCUGGAGGCCCAUGGCUUCUGAUCUCUGACCCUUACCACCUCCUCUUUUCCCCUCUGCCCCUUCAAGCUCUGCUCCCACUCUGGGUAAGAGAAACCUGUAUGCCAACACUUGUUGAGCCAGGAGACAGAUGGUGGGAUCUCUGGUCCUCCAGGCCUUGGGUGGGGGUGUGGUACGUCCUGACCUCUGCCCAGCUCCGCGAGUCCUAUGGGUCCGGAGAAGAAAUGUGUCAGGGGCCAUCCUGUUUCCAUGGAGGUUAUGUUCAAGGGAGCUGAAUGGCUCAAGUGAGGGCAAAGGCUCUCACCACCUAUUGCUUGCUGCCAUCACCUGCCAGUGCCCUCCAGCCCCUCAUUUGAAGGCAGGAGUAGGGGCCACUGUAGCAUGUGCCUUUCUGGAGUGAAGCCUCUCCCACCCCAUAACUCCACAUUCAGUUCAGGAAACAGAAAGGCGACACGUCUAAACAAGAAGAGAUGGAAUGAAAAAUGGAAGGGGUGGGGUCUGCACUGGAGGUGGCCUAAAAACCAGAAGAGGUAAUACCGAAAGAGGGGUAGUCACCCAGGUAAUCAGUGGCAUAAGGUGGCUGAACGUCAGGACCUCGCCUCGAGUUUCCCUGCCGGCAUCACGUUGCCUCCUCUCUGCCCUUUCCCAGGGUGUCUGUGGUUGCCCAGGCUGGGAGGGCGGCCACGGCCACAGCCACAGGGUUUCCUGAAAGUUUACAUUGCAGUAGCAUUGCAGGGAAUGGGGACAGCUCCCCAGGCCCUGCCCCCCAGCCCUACCCACUCAUGACUCUAAGUUUGUGGUAUUAAUAUUUAUUUAUUUGGAAAUGUUAUUUAUUAGAUUAUAUUUAUUGCAGAAUUUCUAUUCUUGUAUUAACAAAUAAAAUGCUUGCCCCAGAA